AUGGCGACCAACGUCCACACCGGCAGGCCCGAUUCGCCUCAGGACAAGGUCGGAGUCAACCAGAUGGAACAUGUCCUUACAACCGAUGAUCCAGCGCUCAUGAAGCAGCCCGCCAUUGAGAAGGUGGAUGAAUUUGGCGCCCACACUAAGACCGACCCCAGAGAGAUUGCGCUGGUGAAGAAGAUUGACUGGUACAUCCUCCCCAUCCUAUGGGUGAUGUACUUUCUCAACUUCUUGGACCGAAACGCCAUGAUCAACGGCAAGCUCAACGGACUCGCCGACCACCUGGGUCUGGUUGGUCAGCAGUACAACACUUGCGUAUCAAUUUUGUUUGUCGGGUAG